AUGGUGCCCCCUGUGAAAACUCAUAAAUAUGUACAUUUUGUAUGCCUUUGUGCUUACAGUAACAACUGUACAUGCACAUACGUCUUGGGUGCAUUCGUGCUGCUGUGGGUUCUGGUGUGGUUCUACCGGGACAACCUGGAGAUCACCAAGGUCUCGGAGAAGCAUGUUUUUGUGACCGGUUGCGACUCUGGGUUUGGACACCUACUGUGCAAAUGCCUGGACAAACGUGGUUUCCGAGUCCUAGCCGGGUGUCUUACGGAAAAGGGCGCAGAUGAUCUGAAGAGGGCGACAGGACCUUUCCUGAAGACCUGCAUCUUGGAUGUGACCAGCACGGCCAGCAUUCAGAAGGCUUUGGAAUGGACCAAAAAAGAAGUUGGAGAUAAAGGACUUUGGGGUCUUGUGAACAACGCCGGACGCUCCCUUCCCAUGGGCCCAUCAGAGUGGAUGAAAAUCGAGGACUUCGAAAGCACGCUCAAAGUCAACAUGACUGGCGUGAUCGAGAUGACCAUGAACUUCUUCCCUCUCGUCAAAAAAGCCCGUGGACGAGUGGUGAAUGUUGCAUCAGUGCUGGGAAGAGUGGCAGCUAAUGGCGGAGGGUAUUGCAUCUCAAAGUUCGCAGUGGAGAGCUUCUCUGAUUGUCUCAGGAGGGACAUCCAGAAUUUUGGGGUCAAUGUGUGCAUCAUUGAACCUGGUUUCUUCAAGACGCAGGUGACCAGCUUGGACCCCAUUGAGAGGGAACUUCAUCGCCUCUGGAACCAGCUGACCCCUGAAGUGAAAGAGAGUUAUGGAGACAAAUACUUGGAUAAAUACAUCAAGAUCCAGAGGCUGAUCAUGAACACCAUAUGUGACUCUGACCUCAGUAAAGUGACCAACUGCAUGGAACACGCCCUGCUGGCCGUCCACCCAAGAACACGCUACAGCGCAGGCUGGGAUGCCAAGCUCUUGUGGAUUCCCUUGUCUUAUAUGCCCGCUUGCUUUGUAGAUAUUGCGCUGAAACUGGUGUUGCCAAAGCCUGCAAAAAGUGUCUAA